CACCGUAACGGUGAGUGCCACCCACCGUCGUCGAUCGCGUCGAACGAUCGAUGCGAUGGAAGAGAGUGAGUGCCACCAUCAGCAUCAGAACCACCCACCCCCAACUCCUCUCGCGCGUGGUGGAGCGAAGUUCCACCGAGAUGCUGUCGCGUCGUCGUCCAACUGGUGUCGCGCAAAUCUCACCGUCGUCGUCGUCGUCGGUCGUUGAUCGUUGAUCGUCUCGGCAAUCGUCUCCUCUCGCAAGUGAGCAAGCAGCGCAGCGGCGGGGGCAUCCAUCCAGUCGGGUUCCAACGGGCCGAAUAGUGUAUUAGUCGGUCAGUCGGUCUAGAGGUACGACAUCGGCAUAACGCGCGCCCCCCUCGUUCGAUCUUGUUGUGUGUGAUUCCUCUCCUAGUGGCGGAGUGGUUUGUGCAGAGACUAGGGUACUAGGCGCUCGAUUGCUUGACAACAACAAGUUCUUCUCGCCAGAAGUCCGUCGGGUUUGGGUCGGCUCAACAGUGCGCGGAAGAUCGCGAUCAUCCGGGUUGUCUCCUGAAGCGACGACGAUUGUUUAGUAGCUGAAUGGGAUCGGGAAUCGGAAGACUUGAUCGAGGUAGUCAGUGACGAACCUGAUCGCGAAUGGGAUUUUGUGUGUUCAAAUUGAUAGAUGCUAAGGUCUAUUGUGUGAAGUUUUUAUUCUCAGUGUGUGUUCUACCUAGAUCCGUUAGAUCUUUUUUAGACAAGUAUUGUAAUCACGGUGAGAUUUUGAGUGUUCAAGCGAAGAGGCGCUGAUUACGUUCGAGGAAAUUUUCGGUCGAAGCCGAAUCGUGCCAGAAUCGAUCGGAUUGCAACUGAAGCAAAACAGUUUUAGUGAAAAGUUUCGCCCUAGCCAGCCGAUAGAAAGGGGGAGAGUUUUUUCCUUACGUUUGGUGCGCAAGUGUGGUAACGAAAAAAAAAACGUAGUUCAUUAAUUAAUUUUACUCUGUCGAGUGGAAAAUUAUAUGUAAAUUUCUUGCGGCCUGCGAGCUCGCCAAGUGAACGAAAAAUAGCUACGAGACGGCGUCGGCGGCCGGUGAAGGCCCGCCAGAGCUUCGGUUUCAGCAUGAAAGAAGGUGAUGAGUAAAUAAAACAGAAGCGCUCUGUGAAACAGUUGGAUGGUCGGUGAAAAGUUUGAUCGUAUCGAUAACGAGACAAGUGGUGGUAGAAGCGAAACACAAUACCGGGAAAGUCCCCCGGCUCCUAAAUAAAUCAUCUCCCACCGAUGACGACGAUUGCGACUGCGACGACUCGGAAGACACGGAAGAAGAUUCAGGAAAAAUAACCCCCGGAUUUGUUUCAGUGUGGGCUUUGCUUGCCGCUUCAGCGCAGAAAAGAAAUAUUAAAAUUAGAUGAUCUGCCCCGGUGGAUCUCUUGACGGGAGGUGAAAACGGAAACAAGUGAGACAACUCUCGACCCCGAAGAGCCGCGGAGUGAUUAUCGCCUAGGCGUCCCGAAAAAAAAGCCAUCAUUUAGUGAGAAAGCCAUGUGAAUGAUCGUCCGUCGUCCGUCGCAGUAUAGAAGAAGAAAUUUACAGUUAAUCGCCGAUCCGCGUCGCACAACACAUCCACGACUCGACUUAGAGACGUCGACCAAAACGACGACGACACGCGGGAUUUGAGAUUUGUUUUCGUGUCUCUCUAGAUUCGUCUCAUCGGGAUCAACCGAAGCGCAGUGAAUCGAAUUAGAGAAAGAGAGCCAUAAUAAGCGCAGGGAAAAGUAGUGCGACAUUUGUGACAAGUGUCAAGUGACAAGUGCGUGUGUUGACCCAUCCGUCCAUUCGUCCGUCCUGUUGUUGUCGUCUUCCUCGUGGAUUAACUGUUGGCACUAAGCUGCGGGGCUCUCUAUCGGCGAAGUUGGCGGUAUUUAUCAUCCGGAAUCUCUCCACACAGUGCAGUAGUGACCCCCGGACAACAAGACCAACAACCAGAGCAGUCAGUCAGCCAGUCAGCCAGCGGUUGACCAAGUGAGACCGACACGAGCAUCCAAUAAGGUCCACAUGAAAUGACAAUUUAUGAUCUCAACUCGUGCUGUCACCGAUGUUGCCUUCUGCGCGUCCUCACCGAAGCUAACUGCAACGAAUUACGAUGAUCGCCAACUGAUCGCGCCCGUAUCAGCUCAACCGAAAAAUGCAUCACUGCCAUCAAUUGCCACCGCCAAUCAGCACCACCAACAGAAGCAGCAAACACAACAACAACAACAACAACUUCACCAAAGCAACCACGUCCUUCGGCGGCCGGGCUACUGCGACCACUCGGCAACGACGUCGUUAAUUUCAACCAAACCCUUUUUCGGCGGCCUGCUACGCCCCGAAUCCUCGCGUAUCAAUUUAAAAACAUUUAAAUUUUGCGUAAUCUCCUCUCGGGCCGCCGCUGCGCGCAAAAGAAGGCCGUUUAGUCGUCCGGAGUAAUCUGGUGCAGCCGCCGCCGCCACCAGUUUCAGACCUCGGCCGCAAAGUGCAAUCGGACAUAUUUAUGUUGGAAAUCAUCACGAAUGGCAUAAUGACUUCAUCGGGCAUGGACAUAAGUGAAUCGUUUCGACCCGAGGAUCUGGGAAAGACAGACUUUUUCGACUUUGUCAGCGGAGGAGGGGCCGCCGCCGCAGCAGCAGCUGCCUCCGCCUCCGGGGACAUGACCGCCGCCAACGGAAGGUCUUCGACAUCGACGGCCAGCAGCACAACGACCGCGGUGACGUUAACGGGCAGCACGGCGACAGGAGGACAGCCCAGCGUUCCGUCGGCUGCCGAUCGACCGCCGGGAACGGGCGGAGGCGGUCCCAAAAAUGCCGGCCCGGAAACCCUUAAUGGAAGCCAGUCCGCCACCACCAGCAGCAGCAGCAGCAGUACCAGCGGGAAUGGCUCCAGCAGCAAUGGGAACAAUGUCCCUGCCAGCAAUCAGCAACCGCUGCAAGGAUUCGAUCAGUUUUGGGGACCCGAUAAAGACGUUAACCGGCUCGAUCAAUCGAUGUUCGACGACAUGAAUCGCUACUGUUGGAUACAGCAGCAAAACAACGGUCAACAGCCGGUGGGCUCCAUCAGCAACUCCGUAACCGAUACGGAUGGACAGAUCUACACCCUCACGGUGCUCAACGGCGCUCCGGAGCCAUGGGUUCUCCGAAAGGAUCCCACCCCAACGGAGCCACCUCCUCCGGCGUCCAACCUCGAUCUCGACACCAUCCUCGGAGGCUUCCCGGGCUACGUCAAGACCGAGUGCUUCUCCUACGAUGACAGUGGCUUCGGCACCGAUCAUCACUCCAAGGAAGAUCCUCAGCAGCAACUGCUAACCCAGCAACAGCAGCAGCACCUUCACCAGCAAGUACAACAAAUACCGGUCUCGUCGACCAACAUCGUCCUGUCCAACAACCUGAUGGACCCGAACAGUGUGAUAGCCUAUCAGAACAACAACAACGACUGGCAGAUGUCGGACCACAAUGUGAUAGAGCACGAAACUCCAGAGUCCCUGCUCCGAAGUGCCCUGCAAGGCAAGGGCUAUACCAAGGGAACGCCCGUCACGCUACAAAACGGUAUCACGGUAAUACCAGCCGGGCAGAUCAAAGAAGAGGAUCUAAGGCGAGUCCUCUACACCAGCGACGCCGACACGCUAGCCUACGCAGACUCGACUCUCGCGAACCCUCUCUUCGAGGAUUCCACCCUGCACUCACCCAACUCGAACCACCCGCACCAACACCAACCUCAUCCUGCCAGCAUGGGCGGUGGCGGCUCGAUCGGCGAUCUCGGCUCGGGAGUCGUCGUAGACGACGACAUGUUCCUCACCCUGGAGCCCAGCUUCACCGAAGACUACGAAAAGCUGAAACGGAUCGCUUCCGAAGUUCAGCAAUUCUGCACCGAUAACAACAACUACACCGAAAUCAUCGUCGAAUCCGCUGCCAUCAACCACCAACAUCAGAAUCCUAGCCUUAUCAGUAGUAAUAACGGUAACCAGAACCUAGUGAUAUCCAGCGUCAACAGCGGCGCCGGCCACCACGCGAUAUCGACGACCACCUCGUCCGACGUGGUGACCACCACCUCAACCACUAAGGUGAAAGCCCCUCGGUCAUCCAAGAAGUACAAGCGAUCUCUCACCAGCAGUAGUGCCAACUCCACCACUACCAACAACAACAAUAGCAUAGCCAACAACAAUAACAACACCAGCAUGAGCAACCUGAACACCCCUUCGGCGGCGUCGAUACUCAGCUCAACCAAUCACAGCCCGAGCACCAACAACCCCAGCCCGACGCACUGCAACGGCCAGCGAAAGGAGCGAUCACUCCACUACUGCUCCAUCUGCUCCAAGGGCUUCAAGGACAAGUACUCCGUCAACGUGCACAUCCGGACGCACACUGGCGAGAAACCCUUCGCCUGCUCGCUUUGCGGCAAGAGCUUCCGCCAGAAGGCACACCUGGCCAAGCACUACCAAACGCACAUGGCCCAGAAGAACCCCUCCGGAAGCGUCAAGUCCAGCAAAUCCAGCCGAGCAGCAGCGGAACAGGCGGCGGCGGCUGCGGCAGCAGCAGCAGCCGCCCAACAGCAAGCCGGUCCUCCGCAGUUGCCGUCCUCACCGGUGUCGGUGCAGCAACAGCAGCAGCAGCCAACGCUUCUCCCGCCACUGCAAUCCGUUCAACAACAGGUCCAACAGGCCUCCGUUGGACAAUCGAUCCUACUCAACACUGCCACCAUCGUCGCCGGUCGGUAAUGGCCCACCGCUCCCGGACUUCGAAACACAGACAGACACAGACGCUCACUGCCUGCGCAGUAUACAAUACUGCUUCCUUCGCCUCCUUCACAGAUGGAUCUUGGAUGUUUGUUGGAAGUUUAGUUCUAGGUUCCUUUAGGUUCAUCACCGAGAGCGAUCGUUUUCGGAUCAUAGGAGGCGAAACAAGACGCCACCAAUCACAGCAUGUAUUCAGUAGAUAAAGAACGCCAUUGUUUGAACGAGAAGUGUUGCCAGUCUGACGGGGUUAAGAAUGUUGUCACAGAUCAUCACAGGUAUUCAAGUUUUAAAAUUUCGAAAACAAGUCGAAAAGGUUGUUUUGUAUGAAAUAUUGUGCAUUUAAUUCAUAAUUGCGAAAACGUAAAUGAAAGUGAGCGAUUGCAUCACAUCGAGUUGGUGUCUAUUUCUGUGCACAAUUUCUGCGGUCUAUGCUGAAUAAGUGCUCUGAAGACAUCAAGUUGAUUUGAUGCAAUCACGCACUUUUAUAGACGUUUUCGCACUCGUGAAAACUUGUGCGAUAGUCCACUGGUGAACUAAAUGCGCUAUACGUGGGAAUGUAUCUUGAAGUUAACAUGAAGUUUGCAUUUGGUCGCCCUUCCGAAAUUUGGAACAUUAUUCUAACAACAUUCUAUCUUCGGGGAGAUCGUAGCAGAGUGUGCGCGCGAGUGGCUGCGCUUUCAAAACUGCCACGCGCUUUCUUUGUUCCAUGUUGUUUCCAAUACAGCCGACCGAAUUGAGAAACGGCUGCAAGGAUGGGAACACUCACUUGCAAAGAGUUACACUCACUUGCAGUUUUCUCAGCUCAGAAGCGUGAAAUAAAAAAAAACGAUGUAUGGACGACUUUUGCCUUGGGAUUUUGCCUAAAAGUUUGCCGAAUAGAGUAGGGGUCGCACACGCAUGCCGAAUUCGUGAGUGAGUUGCGACGGCAACUCUCCACGAGGUGAAUUUAACAGCUCUAUCACGACUUUUGGGUUUGUAAGCGACCCCUACUCUAUUCGACAAAGUUUGAGACAAAACCACAAGACAAAAGUCGUCCAUAUAUCGUUUCUUGAUUGCACACUUCUGAGCUGAGAAAAUAGCAAGUGAGUGUAAUUCUUUGCAAGUGAGUGUUCCCAUCCCUGAACGGCUGGUGGUGCUUGAAAAUUGAUCUUCAGUGUUCGACAUUUUUCUCUUACCUGUCAAUUUAGUCGAUUGUUGUGAGAGUUUGUCUUUUCCCCAUCGGGGUGCCGAAAUGUUCCGUCGACUCUACAUUCUUCAUCCAGUAUCUCAAGGCUGUUUCGACCACCCAAUCACUCCAACUCAAGUGUCCAAUUCAUCAUGCCUAAGCAUAUUUUAUGCAGGUGAUUAUUAUUCAUUUUCUGGGCCCAUAACCUGUUGUAUAUCUUCCCAAUACCACACAAUACAACGACGACAUUCCUCCACGAUCUAUGAAAACAGUUAUUGUCUGUUCUAAAAUCUUUCCAUAGACUUAGUCGUUUUCUUACCAAGGACUAUCGUACCUUGAAGAUCAUCACUUCAGUGUCUACUUCCUCCAUUUAGCUUCGCAUCCUUGAAUAGCUUCGAAGCUACGAACUACUUUUAUAUAGCUUUAUAUAAACCCAAGAACGAUGCUUUGGUAUGUUUCGUCCAUUGCUCCAAAGUCAUUUUCACCACGAUUGGAUCUUCGGAAGUUCCUCACGAUCACCUCUGUCCUCUGAACUUCCUUUGAUCUGUGAACGUCGUCGAGGAAACCUUACCCAACAUCUCUAAGGAUUCUUGACCGUACUUCUACCAACGAAUCCCUAACAUGAGUCCAUGAUAAAAACCCCUAUGACAACACGCCAGAUUUGGGCACCGCAUCUACGAAUCGUAAAGUCAUCUUCUUAUCGCAAAGCUCCUUCUUACUGCUAGUUCUGGUGACUCAAGCAGUCAUCAAGCUCCGAUGUCUACAUACUUCAUCCAGAGUUUAUCCAACUGUUUUUGGACAGUCGAUUCUACUCCUCCCAUGUGUCCUCAACCAUCUAUCGCUCUCUAGGUAGAUUCCAUUUGUCGAUUCAAAGGGUUCAUUGGGCCUUAUAUUUCUGCCAGAAUAUCUCGUUUCGUCCGUUCGUUGGUUAUACGGGCGAUUGUUCUUCAAUGUCUGGACCCAUAACCUCGGUUGAAUGCAGAUCACAUAGAUCAUCGAAGUUUCGUAACUCUCCGAGACCCAAUACAAGUGAUCCAGCUUUCAAGCAAAUACAGGAUCCACCCGGUCAGAAUAUACCGCCUGAAUUUACCCUAAAUGCGCAUCAUGUUUGCCGGUACUCCUUCCGAUAAGCUAGAUACCUUACGAGUUUCCACUACACUCCUCCAUCUAUGUAAUGAGCACUUGCGUGCGCAGCCUUUUCUUUUUUCUCGCUCUUUCAUUUUGUUGAACGCAAGAAAGAGCAAGAUAAAAGAGGGGGCAAAGUGCCCCCUCUAUUAUCUGUUUCUUUCGCGUGUUUGUUUACGAGAGUGAGUGCGAAAAAAGAAAAAGCUGCGCACGCUAGAGGUAAUGAGUCGAGGAUGCAUGAAUAUAGUUUUCGCGUAAUUGGAAUCAGUUUGUUGCUCAAAUGGAUUUCAAGGUUUCAAAGGAGUCCAAGGAGGAUGAUAGGCUAAGAGAUAUUAUGGUGAAGUCAUGCGAGGUUCCAGGAGGCUUUUAAGGGAGUUCCAGGGAGGACUCGUAGGCGUUUUAGGUGAUUUCAGCGAAGUAUCCUUGAACCGUGAAGACAUCUACUCGUCGCAAAGCUCCUUCCUAGUGCUAGUUCUGAUACCCAAGUAGUCCUCAAACUCCGAUAUUUACAUACUUCUUCCAGAGUUUAUCCAACUCUUUUUGAACAGUCGGUUCCACUCCUUCCGUGUUUCGCUCUAGCUAGAUUCCAUUUGUCGAUUCCAAGGGUUCGUUUGGCCUGAUAUUUCUGUCGGAAUAUCUCGGUGUAGUGUACAUUACCUAUGCAGGCAAUUAUUCUUUAAUGUCUAGGCCCAUAACCUCUGUUGAGUGCAGAUCACAUAGAUCAAAUAAGGCUUUUCUUCUCCACCACCUAUGAAGACAGUAACUGUCACUUCCCCAUCUAUCGACGAACACACUUCAGUACAAAUUUGCCUUCUUUGAUCGCGAUAACUUCCUCCUGGUGUGAAACUACGUAGCUCCUCGCUACUCGAGUACUACUAGUAGUAGAUCUACACUCACUGUAGAAGUCUGUCUGCAAACGAAGCUUGUAAACGUUCCAGGGUUCCAAAUUCCUCUAGACUCCAAGAGUCUAGAGCUGGUCCUGAAUUCGUAUUAUGUGCCCAGAACACAUCUGUCAUUCUCCUGUGCCACGUAGUUACAUACGUGACUAAUAUUUCGCAAAAAGGAACAUUACCCCAUAACCACAGCUCUAUUCUCAAUAACUUAUUUUUUGAUGGCUCAUGUUGUAGCCUCGCUAGCAACUCUGAUUCCCAUUUUUUCCUACGACUUUCAUAACUAUUUAACGGUACGACACCCUCUCUCUAGCAACUUUGCUCUUGUUCUUCGCUUUCUUGACUUGCAUCUGGUACAGAACAUCGAUGUUUCGGAACUCUCCAAGCCCUAAUGCAAGUGGCCCAAUUUCCGUGCUUAUACUGGAUCCGACCAUUAUAUCAUUCGUUUAGGGAUGGUGAUAGGCUAAGAGAUUUUAAGAUGAAGUCAUGGUAUUAGGGGGCUUUUCAGGGAGGUUUCAGAGGCAUUUCAAGACGUUUCCGGGCAUUUCGGUGGGCCUUUGGAGGGUUUCAAAGGCGUUUUAAAAUAUUUAAAGGCGUUUCAGGGCUUUUCAGGGGGACCUUACUAGGCUUUCGAAUGAGCUUCAAGGGUUUCAGAGGCGUUUCAGGAGGUUUCAGGUGGAUUCUAGUAGACAUCACGGGCUCUCUGUGAAAUUUGAGAGGCGUUUGAGAGGCAUUUCGAAGCCUUUCAAGGCGUUUUAGGGGUUACAGAGGUGCUUUAGCAGGAUUCACGGUCUCUCAGGAAAAAGGGAUUCCAGAGGGAGUUUAGGGUACCUCAAGGGCUCUCAGGUGAAAUUCAGGGACAGCUUAACGGGUUCUCUGCCAAGCUUCAAGGCGUUUUAGGGCACUUCAGGGGAACCACACUUUCAUUUGAGCCUGGGGGUUCAGAGGGAGAUUCCAGAGGCAUUUCAGGAGGUUACAGAUGGAUUUUAGUGAACUUCACGGGCUCUUAGUUGAGUUUCGGAGGCGUUUCAGAAACAUUUAAAGGCGUUUUAGUGCGUUUAGGAGGUUUCAGAGGCUCUUUAGGAUGAUUCGCAGUCUCUCAGGCAAGAGAGGUUGCAGAGGGGCUUUAGGAGACGUCACAGGCUCUCAGGUGAGCUUCAAGGGACUUCAGAGAUGUUUUAUGAGAUUUCAGAGAAGCUUCACGGGUUCUCUGGAAAGCUUGAGGCUUUAAAGGAGUUUUUCAGGGAGGUUUCAGAGGCGUUUUAGGGCAUUUAAGGAGAACCAGGCUUUUAGAGGCGUUUCAGAGGCAUUUCAAGACGUUUCAGGGUAUUUUAGGAGGUUUCAGAGUUGGUUUAUGAGGACUCACGGUCUCUCAUGUAAAGGGGUUCCAGCGCGACUUAAGGGGACUUCACUCACCCUUCACAGGCUCUCUUGUAAGCUCCAGGAGGUGUUCAGACACGUUUCAGAGGAGCUUUGGGGGUAUCAGGUAUCAGUAGGUCGGCUCCAGAGGCACAUUCUACACCAUUUUGGAAAGUUUUGCCAUCGCCAUGAACACAAGUCUGUUCUUUGAGGGGGGGAUCUUCAUAGCUCUCAUGUGAGCUUCAGCGGUGAGGGCUCAGAAACGUUUCAACACGUCUCGAACUGAAUACGCUGCGCUGGUAGAUCCGAUAACAUAUGCUCAAGGAAGUUAUUGGAGAACCUAAAACAGAGCUUUAACUCACAUGUUGCUCGAGCCUGUUUAAGUAUGAAUUCCAUUCAUAAUGAUUCAGCAGAUUACUGAUUACGGUUGUAGAUUCGAUGGCCUUUUCUGCAAGGUGCCCUCGGAUACUCUAGGGUAUCAGAAGGCCGUCUCCAGAGGCACAUUAUCCUCCAUUUGAGACAUUAGUGCCAUUCUCUACCCUUAUUCAUAAUACAGUGACAAGUCACAAGAGAUACAUGUAUGUAAAUGCGAUGACUUUUUGAGGACCUUUCAAAACACGCUCUUCAAUUGUCUCUCAGCCGUUGAUCAACCAACAGUCGUCCAUUUAGCAUGUGAUACUGUUACAUGAAUUCUGGCUUCUGUAACAGUCAGUUAAUUCACCUAAGGAUGUCGGAAAGGGGCUACCACGGCGGCUACGUGGCCUGCCGAUUCAUCUCCAGGUCGAUACAAACUCCUAAGAACAGGUUCUUAUUUACUUAUUUGAGCUCAAUAAGCCUGUUGAACUAGCCUAGCCCGUUUACGCAGAAGUUUCCAAGUUUUGCCAUUAAACGAUCGCUUUAUUACACACUUAUGCAGCUGGUCUUUCUGGUCUGCUGGUCUUCUGGCCUUCUGAUCUUCUGGUCCUCUGAUCUUUUGGUCUUCUUGUCUUCUGGUCUUCUGGUCUUCUGGUCUUAUGGUCUUCUGGUCUUCUGGUCUUCUGGUUAUCUGAUCAUCUAGUCUUCUGGUCUUCUGGCCUUUUGAUCUUCAGGUCUUCUUGUCUUCUGGUCUUCUGGUUUUCUGGUUUUCUGGUCUUCUGGUCUUCUGGUCUUCUGGUCUUCUGGUCUUCUGGUCUUCUGGUCUUCUGGCCUUCUGAUCUUCAGGUCUUCUUGUCUUCUGGUCUUCUGGUUUUCUGGUUUUCUGGUCUUCUGGUCUUCUGGUCUUCUGGUCUUCUGGUCUUCUGGUCUUCUGGUCUUCUGGUCUUCUGGUCUUCUGGUCUUCUGGUGUUCUGGUCUUCUGGUCUUCUGGUCUUCUGGUCUUCUGGUCUUCUGGUCUUCUGGUCUUCUGGUCUUCUGGUCUUCUGGUCUUCUGGUCUUCUGGUCUUCUGGUCUUCUGGUCUUCUGGUCUUCUGGUCUUCUGGUCUUCUGGUCUUCUGGCCUUCUGAUCUUCAGGUCUUCUUGUCUUCCGGUCUUCUGGUAUUCUGAUCUUUUGGUAUUCUGAUCUUCUGGUAUUCGUGUCAUAUAAUCUUCUGGUCUUCUGAUCAUCUUGUCUUCUGGUAUUCUGGUUUUCUUGCAUCUAGUCCUCUGGUAUUCCGGUUUUCUGGUCAUCUGGUCUUCUGAUUAUCUGGUCUUCUGGUCAUCUGAUCAUCUGGUCUUCUGUUUAUCUAUUCUGGUCGUCUGGCCUUCUGAUCUUCUGGUCCUCUGAUCAUCUACCGUUUCACCCUCGAUGGGGAAAGUAGCCUGACUUGGAUGUCAGGCACGUAGCUUGGUCCUUUGAGUCUGCCUACGAAUAUCAAGCACUUGAAUUGAUCGAUCUACAAGGCAUAAGUCUAGAACACUUCACACGCCCUGUUGACCUUCAUCACCAUAGCUGAUGAGUUGAAGACGGUGGUUUGCUUACCGAAGGCUUCCAUCGGCGUUUUGACGUUGUCGGCGAACGGAACGUCCCUCGGUAGUUGUGGAAGAAUGUAGUUGACGUAAAAACUGUGGAAGGCAGUGUCCAACUUCAGGAGCAGAAGCCAAACUUUAGCCGAAACGGACUGUUUUCAUGCCGUUUUCCGCAUCGAAACGGAACUCGCUGAUGUUCGUUGACUGUGACUCCAGUACCUGUUCUUUGUUUGUUGCUUGAGGAAUGGCAAACUGCUGGAGAAGCUGGGUCAUUUGCAAAAUAGCUGCCUGAAGUUCUUCGUUCGCUGCCGUCAAAAUGAAACGUCAACAACGAUGCGAUGUUUUUUGCAUGCACUUUUGUAGCAGUGCGAUGUUUUCCUAACACACUGGCUGCGCUUUGCAGCAACUGACCGUUCUUUGAUGUCUGUCAGUUGUUGCAGUUAUCGAAUUUCAUUCACUAAGUGUAACGUAAACAUUCUGCAGCUAUCGAAUGUCUAAUGUACUUAUUACAAUAGGCUUACCUUACCUUACCUUACCGGUCAGGCUAAGGCCGGGGUGGCCUCUGCUGUACAUAGUAGCCGCCUCCAUUCCACUCGGUCCAUGGCUGUUUGUCUCCAGUUCCGCACUCUGCGUAGGGUCCGCAGAUCGUCCUCCACUUGUUCGACCCACCUAGCUCGCUGCGCUCCACGUCUUCUUGUACCGGUCGGAUGGCUCUCGAGAACCAUUUUAGUCGGGUUGCUAUCCGACAUCCUGAUGACGUGACCCGCCCACCGUAGCCUCCCGAUUUUCGCGGUAUGGACGAUGGUUGGUUCUCCCAGCAGCCGAUGCAGCUCGUGGUUCAUUCGCCUUCUCCAAGUCCCGUCUUCCAUCUGCACUCCGCCGUAGAUGGUACGCAACACCUUCCGUUCGAAAACUCCAAGGGCGCGUUGGUCCUCUGCACGUUAUUACAAUAGGACACUGCAUGAAAUUCUCUCCUUCUCUUUCACUCUCACAGAAAUUUUGUAGACAACAAGGCCAAGAAAUGUCAAAAUCCCAUACAAAAUCAAAACAAUGUAGCGCCUUAUAUACCUAUUUUGAUUGACAGUUGCACUUCUAAUGAACCUAAUAAUUUUCACAUGCUCUACAGUCAGUGAUUGCUGCGAUUGCUGGAAUAAGCUCGUUUCCAUGGCCACCUUACCAACACGAUUUAACUUAAUUUAAGUAUUUAAAACCUGUAUGAAGAUUCCAACUACGGAAACCUUGGAUGACUGAGCAUAUUCUCGCUUUAAAAAACGAGCAAAAUCCUCCUCCAAAAAACACAGUAAAUGCUACACUCGAACUGCAACUUUUUCAGCUAUAUUUGACAGAUCACACAUAUGAAAGACACUUCAACAGUCGUUCCUAUUUUAUUGUAUUUAGUGACACUCUGAUAUCAUGACUUACUCUGCGAUUGAAACAUGUUAACAAAGGAGAAACGAACAUCAAAAACAUAACCUACGCCUAGAAAAAAAAAACAAACAAGUUAACUCAGAAAAUGGAAUGCAUGGGCCUAAAAAAUUGGCAAAAAAAAUAUGUCCACUGUGAUGUUUUCUUUCAAUUCUAACGUGCUGAAAGAAAGAUAACUCAAAAAGAACCGCGCUUCCAACGUCCAACGAUGCACUGUUAUUACUGUUGUUCAAAACUCUACUCACUAAAAAGAGAAACAAAUAAAUCAAAGUGUGUUCCAUUUGUUUCGGAAAACGAAACUUUAAAUUAUUGCCUCGAUUGUUUACUAUUGUUUAUUUACAUUCUAGACACGCUCAAGAAAACUCACUCACAAAUGACGACACCACGCAAAGCGAAUGAAAAACAACACGCACACACGCGCAUAAACACAUCUUAUAGAACGACUUACGUUAAGUUUGAGGUUAAGAGUAAACAGCUUUUGUCCCAUUCUUGCCAUUUUGUUUUUUAUACCUUAAGUAGACACAACGAAGAGUUAGGAGAUACAAAAAAUAUAUAAAUAGUAAUCCUAUUCCUUAGCGUAAGUGUAAAAAUACACUGCUGCUACAGUUGCUGAUAUUGCACGAACACACACACACACACGCAACUUGUUUGCGUUGUUUAUUAGUUUUAGGAAUACUUCUUACGAGAAAUUCUCUGUGAAAUGCUUGUAUUUUCCUCCCCCUAUACAAAUGUAAGGCUGUAAAUAGAAACUACAAAAAUGACAAUCAAAGCAAUCGUGCUCAAAUGGAACGAAACAAACGAGAUGAUACACACAGCGAGAGAGAGGGAGACCGAUACCGAGACAGACUCUUUCUGUCUCAUUCGAUUAGAGACACUCUCUUCGUGUGAAAUAUUUUUAGUCCAAUAAUGUUACACUUAUUGAGAAAAAUUUUAUCUUUAUUUUUUGUUCACUGUUUUCGUUGUCGUUUAUUUUUUAGAUGUUUGUCUGUUUUGCAACAAAAAAAAAAAAAAAGAAACCCCAAAAGUUAACCACGCGCGUUACCGAACCACUACCAAUGCGUGCGGCUCGUGUUUGUUCUCCUGUCUUCCCCCAUUGUUUUGCUAGAAUUGAUUGUUACUAUUGUUCCACUCUUGAGAUUAACAAAUUGAGAUUAUGAUGUGUACGGAAAAGUGACGAAAUUGCAACUACUGAAAUUCGUAUAUUUAUGUGUAGAAAAGAAGGAAAAACCUAGAGCCGCCACGAAGCAAUAUUAGACAAUGAAAAAAAAUGUGAUUCAUUCUUUAAAUUAUAUCUUCUUAUUCCUCUUAUGUUUGUGAACUGAAAACAGAUGAGAUUUGUUGAUUUUCUUAUUUUAUUUUUGGUUAUAAAAAAAGUGAAGAAUCUAUAGCUUAAGGAAACUUUUUCCUUGUUUGUUUUAGACAGAGAAAGAAUGGAAGUAACAUACGUAUUUCAUCUGUUAUAGUUGAAAUUUAUUUAAAAAGAGAAAACGGAAAUUCGUUACAUUUGUAAGGUGAUAUUAUCUAGACAAAUAUAUAGUUUUUAUUUUUAUAAGCAAAGUAGUUCUAAUAUUUUUAGCAGCAAUCUGAACUGUGUAUGUGUUUUCCUCUAUGUUUAUUUUUGUCAUUUCUAAUGUUAAAGUUUGUUUAGAUAAAUAUUUUAUGCCACUCCACUAUUUGAUUGAUGUAGUAAUAUGUUCAGUUUUUUUUCUUCUCUAGCAGAGUUGUAAUUAAAUAAAAAAAAACAUUAUUCUCUUUCGCAAACCACAACAAGUAAAGUGUAUAGUUACAAAACAAAAUGUUGCCCUAGGUUAAACCGUGUAAUCAUCCGUACAUUUCUAGUAGGUAGUCGCAACAUCAACACACACAAAAAAAAUCAGAGAUCAUCAAUAAAUGUUUGACUAAUUCGAACAAU